UCGAAUGAAUUAAAGUUUUUUUUUUUUUACAUUUCUUUAAUUUUUCAAAAUGAUUAUUAGCAAGAUCAGUAAAUAAAUUUUUUAUUUUUUGGAAAUUAUAAGCUAAAGCAGCAUGUCAAAGGCCAGUAGUGUAAUUGCAGCUGGUUUGGGGUUAGCGGUAUUGGGUUUUGGUGGACGAUAUGUGUUACGUCAAAUGCCGAAUGUAGCGAAAACAAUGCAAGAAGCUAUGAAAGCUAUGCCCAAAAUUGAUGCAGAAACUGUUGUUGGUUCCAAAUAUUAUAAGGGUGGUUUUGAUCCAAAAAUGUCGCGGCGAGAGGCAGCUUUAAUACUAGGUAUCAGUCCAACUUCAAAUAAGACAAAAAUCAAGGAUGCCUUUAAAAAAGUGAUGUCUGUUAAUCAUCCAGAUCGUGGUGGAUCACCAUAUCUAGCUGCUAAAAUUAACGAAGCUAAAGAUUAUUUGGAAAAUAAUAAAUCAUAAAUUUAUUUUAUUUAUGUUUAGUUAA